UCGUCAGACAAAUACACGAAUAGGAUCCAUCCAAUCCGUCGAAUUAUUCAUCAGCUGAGUUAGCUUUUAGUUAAAAGGGUUGAAGGAAAAAAAACUAUUGUACCUUAGUGUAACGCGAUGUGCUUAUCGUCUUGUGAAUAAAACAUAAAUUUUUACAAAAUGUGUUGUGUAUACGAAGAGGCAUCACCCGAUCUAGCGGGAAUCCGGAGGCGAUCUCAUCCAACUACAGCUCGCACAGAAGCCAAUGCAAGAAAAUGGCGUGGUCGAAUAAAUGGCUUUCACUAUUUUGUCAUUUUUGUUUGCGGUUCACUCGUUUCUGUAUUGAUGUUUGCUCUUCUAAACUAUGCUCCACACUAUCGGUCUCUUCCCCCUCGUGUUGCACCCCGCUAUCUACCGGAUGGACGCUUUCUUCAGCUAGUGGAUGAAGUGCCAGUUAUAGAACCGUAUAUGUCCGCAGUUAAGAUUGCCGAUAAGGCUGCUGUAGAAAUUGAUGCUAUACCGACUGGUCGGAAUGACCAACACGAUACAAAUGAACAAGAAGCACUAAGUUCACUGAAGAUGGCCGCGGAAAUGAAAUUGAUGGGAAAAGAUGAUAAAGCGCUCCGAUUGUUUGAACAUGCAUUAGCAUUAUCGCCCAAACAUCCGGAGGUUUUGACAAAGUAUGGUGAAUUUCUAGAGCAUUCCCAGCAGGAUGUGGUUACUGCAGAUCAUUACUACUAUCAAGCGCUCACAGUAAAUCCAGCAUAUUCUGAUGCAUUGGAAAACCGACAAAGAACGGCGAGAAUAGUGGAACAUUUGGAUGAGAAACGGUUUGAACGAUUGGAUCAGAAACGAAAUGCGCUUUCAUCGAUUAUCGCUACGAAUGCCGCUUUAAAGCGGGCGGAAAAGGAAGCCUACAUCCAGCACAUCUAUCAUUCGGUAGGUAUUGAGGGGAACACAAUGAGUUUGGCUCAAACUCGAUCGAUUGUGGAGACGAGGAUGGCUGUUGACGGUAAGAGCAUUGACGAGCACAAUGAGAUUCUGGGACUAGAUGCUGCUAUGAAGUAUAUAAACGCAACGUUAGUCAAUAAGAAUGAUUUCAUUACAAUGAAUGAUAUUCUGGAGAUACAUCGGCGCGUUCUGGGCCAUGUUGAUCCAAUCGAAGGUGGAGAAUUUCGUCGUACGCAGGUUUAUGUUGGGGGACAUAUCCCCCCUGGCCCAGGCGAUUUGGCGAUUCUGAUGAAUCGUUUUGAAGAUUGGCUAAAUUCGGAGCAAUCAUAUUUGCUGCAUCCGGUUAGGUAUGCCGCCAUGGCCCACUAUAAGUUGGUGCACAUUCAUCCGUUCAGUGACGGGAACGGUCGAACGUCUCGUUUGCUGAUGAAUACUUUGCUAAUGCGAGCCGGUUAUCCACCGGUUAUUAUUCAAAAGCAGCAUCGACAUAAAUAUUACGAUUACUUGCAAAUUGCCAAUGACGGUGAUAUACGGCCAUUUGUGCGGUUUAUCGCAGACUGUACCGAGCGGACACUAGACCUGUAUCUGUGGGCAACAAGUGACCUUUCCAAUCCUAUUCCACUGCUGGCACAGGAGAGUAUGGCCAAAGGAAUACCGUUAAUCGACGGGUUCGAAGAAAAUGUUAAUCCAACUACGGAAACCAGUGUAACGGGUGAUGCCAUUCGGAUAGGCACUAUUUGAUAUUUGCUUGCCUCGGUGCUCAUUAUUGCCCUCGUGGUAUUACUAUCGCGCCGGAAACCGCACCCAGUCGUGAUGCUGAUAGCAGUCUAGAAUCGGAUGUUCCUUUCAUUAGUUUAGAAAACAUACGCCCAAAUGCAAACACAACAGUUGGAAAAAGUUAGUCAGUAGUUAAACAAUUGGCUUUGUUGAUGUUUCAAAAGAAGAUUUUAGCUUUUUAAUUAAAUUUCCCACCAGCCAUAGAGAUUGAUUAAUGCCUCAUUUUGUCUGUGUGAAUUGAAAAAACGAUAUUCUAAUUGUAAAUAUUUAACUUACAGGUAAAGAAUGUGUAAAAAGUAGAAUUUUUUUCAAAUAUUAGGAUUUUGCAUAGCUACUGUAAAUAUAUUACUUGUUUAAAUACCAGUCUAUAGAUUAACGUUAUUACUGAAAUUACUAUUGCGCACAACAUAUGAAUUCCAGAUCAAAUUAGGUAUACAGUUCAGUAGUUCGUUAAGGUAAUGCUUUAACAGGGUAACCAAAGUUAAUUUUUAUGUUUGUUUUAUACUUACUACAUGUUUACUCCAGUAUCUAAUUAGCUCCGUCUUUGCAGGACGAAAUAAAAUUUGCGAAAGCGUUGUGUCCCCUUGUUAAGUUUAUUUACCGUUAUUAUUUAUCGAGCGUCACUAGUAAUUUGUAAAUUAGUUUUGCGUCUGUGAUUUUAGAAGUCCUUUUAUAAAAGAAAAUAAAGCGGAACGAAUAAAAAUCUUAUUAUUGGAUGGGCUUGAGAAGAUACUAUGCA